AUGUCGCUGCCAUUCUCAAAUCUACCCCCCGCGGAGCGGGUGCCCUACGCCAUCCCUCAACUCGAGGGCGAGCGCAUCACCAUUCCUGGCAGCAAGGGUGUCUUCCGCAUCCUGACCUCCUCCAAGCAGACCAAUGGUCUCAUGGCGGUUUUCCAGAGUGGUGCCACAGUCUCUGAUGCCCCUGGUUUCCACUACCACGAGAAGGCCCACGAUGUCUUCUUGGUCACAAAGGGCUAUCUGAAGCUGUGGAAUGGUCCCCAGUGCAGGAUUCUGGGUCCUGGUGACUUUGCCUAUAUUCCUCCCACUGUCGUUCACAACCCCGAAAUGGUCGGCCCGCACACAGAGCUCCAGGGCCUGAUUACCCCCGGUGACUGGGUGGACUUCUUCCGCUACGUCUCCGAGCCUUACGAGGGUAUCCUGGUGCCCGAGACCGAUAACCGCGAUCUCAAGUCUCUCUUGAUCCCCAAGGUCAUGGCCGCCAAGGGCAAGUUCGACGUCGUGUUCCAGCCCCACUACGUGCCUCCCGAGGUGAGCGACUGGACCAAGGAGGAUGAGAAGCUGCCCGAGGGCAACCAGGGUUACUUCCUGCGUGCCAACACUGGUCCCCGCUGGAUGUUGGGUGGUGUCAUGUCCCGGCCUUUUGUCACGACGAAACAGAGCGCCGGUGUCUGUGCCAUAUCUAGUAUCGAGUCUUCCAAGGACUACGGUCAGACUGUGUUCUCCAAGUAUAUGACUUUCGCUACUGUGGACCACUGUCUCUGUGUGAUGGAGGGUGCUCUUAAGGUGAGCCUGGAGGGUGUAGGCGAGACUAUUUUCCGCGAGGGUGAGACCGUUGUCAUCCCUGCCGGUCAGGCUUUCUCCCUGGGCUUUGAGAGCAAAUACGUCAAGGUCCACUCCUUUGCCGAUGGCGAUGGUAUCGAGUCUUUGAUCCACCAGGCUGGUAAGCAGAUUGAGGAGGUUGUUCUGCCGGACCAGGCUCCCGAGUGGGAUUCAUCAAAGCUUGCCUCUGUCGCGGAGGGCCUGAAGAUUACUUUCUAA